AAUUGACAAUAUCCUUGAAAAGGCAUCCCUGGGAAUGAAGGAAAUAAGUGUACACGGUGUUGUAGCCAUUUUGGUAUCAGAGAGACGAGAUGAAGGAGGCAGCAUCUUUUCUUGGACCAAGCUGUCAGUGCCAAAGACAAGCUUUCUUUCUACACACAGCUCUUCUUUAGGCCUGGGAAAGGUACACCCUGAAAGCUCAACAUUUUCUCUCUCACCCCUGGAAGCCGGUCCAAUAAAAGGCAUUACCUCACUCACCCUGAGAAAUAAGUCACACUUUUGCUCUUUUAAUCCAGAGAUCUGAAAGCACGUUACAAAUGUAAUUAUACCUCAUAAUAUAAUGUCCCAGGAGGAAGUUAAGUAUUACCAGUCACAUUAUAUAAAUGGGGAUAAUGGGCCACAGAUUGCUUCUGUUCUACCCACUAGGUAACGCAGUCUUGUCAGAAAACAUGUGAGGAGGAAGAAUAAAAUAUCAGCAUUAUGCGCUGUAAAUACUUUAUAAUGGCAUGGCUGUCAGAUGAGUCCCUGAGCACUGUUCUCAGUUUGUAUCACUAGCACCUGCUUUGUAGGAUUGACGUGUAGCUAGAGCUAGCAAAGCAACAUUUUGAUAUUGAACAUUUUCUUUUUCUUCCGUAUCCCCGGUGUUCAGUUUUCAAGUCUAAAUAUGAACAUCAACCUGGCACACAAAACAAGCUGCAUUCUGGUUCAGUCAUUAUCACGCUCAGAGAAGAUUCAAGAACCGGAAUUUAGCCGACCAUUCUGUUUUUGAUACCUAAGCCAUAGAUACCUCAACUCAAGUAUAAUGCAGGCAGGUCUUCCAUGGGACCAUUGGCUGGGAAGCAGCAGUGUCAAAUAGCAACCUCGCCUUGGUCAGUGUAGGAAACAGAUCCAGCAAAGGAGACGGAGCAGACGUGGAGUUAGAAAAGCAACCAUGAGUUUUGGGACCAUGGAUGUGUAUUUGAAUGAGAUCGAGAACAAUCUGCAGAGUAUCUUGUACAACGAAGAGGAGGACCAGGAGAAUGAAACCUGGAAGAUGUACAUGGAGAGGAAGAGCAUUGUGCUGGAGUUCCUCCACUCUGACUUGAACCUCCACCUGCUGAAACGCCACCAUAAGCGAAUCGAGCUCCUGAAAAAGUGCUCUUAUUACAUUGAAAUCCUGCCCAAGCAUCUGGCCCUGGGAGACCAGAACCACCUCAUGCUUCCCACCACCAUGUUCCAGCUGAUUGACCCCUGGCGAUUCCAGAGGAUGAAGAAGGUGGGAACAGUCCAAACCAAAAUCCAGCUGUUGCUCUUAACUGACCUGUUAGAGCAACUGGAACAAGGGCGGGAGGAGCUGGUCCACUUCCUGGAGACCUACGACAUGGUAACGUUCCUCGCCAGGUGGGAUUUGGUCAAGCAAAAGUUGUCGAAUCUGUCUGAGCAGAUGGAUAAUUUCCUCGCCAUGCUAGUGCCGGGAAAGCUGCAUGUGAAGCACCGUCUGGUGUCGGAUGUCGGGGCUACCAAAAUCCCACAUAUUAGGCUGGUUCUGAGCACCAAGAUGCCAGUGAUGUUCGACCGAAAGGAAUCCGUGGCACACGAGGACUGGGUGAGCCUCAGGUGGUUUUUCACAAGUCCACAGUCCCAACCUGAGCAGUACGAGCUCAGGUUUAAGCUCCUGGAGCCCCGAACUCAGCAAGAAAGGAUGCAGAGCGGAAUCAUGCCGGUCACGUCCAACACCUGUGAAAUCCGGAACCUGCUGUCCGACAGAUCGUACAGAUUCGCGGUUAAAAGGGCAGAGACUUACACGCUUGUCUAUGAACAGUGGCGCGAUUCCAUCACAUUGAAGACAAAACCUCACCUUGACGAAGACAUGGAGAGCCCCGUGGGCGAACCCUGACGGAUGAGACCGCAGAUGAGAAUUUUCUAAUUUUAUCCAUUCAAAAAAGUAAAAUUUUCAAAAUGUAUUUUUAAAGGUUUUUUUACAUAAAAUGGAACUUGUUCUGUCUCAAAUUGUAAUUU